AUGUACAAUAUGCACCAAGCAAUUGAUGAUUACAAGGGAUAUGAUCUGAAAGAAAUGAUGGAAUUAAAAAUUGAUUUAAUUAAACUGAACAUAAUAAAAACUUACAUUGAUUUAAUUAAUUUGCAAAUAAAGGAUGUCAUUAGUGAGGAUGGAUUGCAAAUCAUCAACAACAAAAAAUACAUAAAUAAGAAUGUCGUUUAUGCAAUUGACAUUGAAUUCAAAACAUUUAUAAACAGAAUAGAAAACUUUUGGAUGCAAGCACAUUUUGAUUUGAAUUUUGAAAAUCCUGUAUAUCCUACCAUACAACAUGAUUGCAAAGUAAUUUAUUUGGAUUCUGAGAGAACAGUGAAGUUUGUGCUCCAAUCCACUAAAGAAUUUCAUGAUGUCAAUUAUAAUGAAUUGCUGGUGGUGGCUUGUUUGAAAACGUACUUCAGCAAUGCAGUCAAACCUCAUAAAAGUACACUCAACAACAUAUAUCAACAUAUAGAAAUUAUCAAAGUUAUAACAAAAUUCCAAUUUAUCAACAAAAAAUAUCUUAAAACUGCUUUACAAAAUUUAAUAAAUCAACAGUACAUACAUCAAUAUUCUAAUUCAAAUUAUACAAUAUACAAACCAGCAGACAAUGUAAAAAUCGAGUCCCUAAUUUCAAAAUUUAAAUAUAUUGAAAUGAUUCAUGUCAUACUGAACAUAACAGAAGAAAUAUAUUUAACAACAGCAAUAAAAUAUGAGCUAUCUAGCAGUGUAUACAACUAUACCAACAUCCCGCGCAGCCAUAAAAUGCAAGAAAACAAAUGUAUGGACAACGUUCAUCGGAAAGUUUUAUUUAUCAAAAAAUUUUUAAAUUCAAUAACACUAAAUCAACAUACAACAAUUGGCACAGUACACAAUACAUUCAAAACAAAAUUGACAACAUACAAACAACUUUUGCACACAGUUUUAAAUAGAUCACCCGAAUCUCCCAUCAACUAUAUUGUCUCAACCGAUGAACUAUUAGAAUAUCAUACAAAUUCAAAUUUACAACUUCCUUCACCCAUUCCAUCCACUACAACCUCAAAAUAUCUCAAGCAAUCACUACAGACGUCAGACACAAAAUUCUAUACCCGACGUUCAGGACUACAGGAUUAUUUAGAAAAAUAUUAUAAUUAA